UCGCCUCAAGACAAUAGAGCCAACGGCGUGGCCAUUCGCCCAAUUUCGCUCCGUGCCCCAUGCCCUCCGUGCUCUACUCGAUCUUCAGCAGCACCGGGCGCGCGUUCUACCCAGAGCCGACCAAGCCCGUGCUCCAAGCUACCGACAGCGUCGUUGUCGAAAUCCGCGCCGCCUCCUUGAACCCUGUUGAUUACAAGCUGCCAAAGUGGUUCCUCCACGGCCGCGGUGUCGGCCUUGACUUUGCCGGUGUUGUGACUCAAGUCAGCCCCGACGUGAAAGACUUCACUGUCGGCGAUCGUGUGGUUGGCAACACGACUGGCGCGCUGGCUGACCACACGGUCGUGAAACCCAACUUGAUUGCAAAGCUGCCUGACGAAUUGACCUUCCACGAAGGCGCGGCAUUGCCCAUUGCAUAUUUGACGGGAUACCAAGGUCUAGUUCGACAUGGUUUUGAGGCCGGAGCCAAAAUUCUCGUGAUCGGUGCCAGUGGCGGCUGCGGCACAGCGGCGAUUCAACUGGCAAAAGCGCUCGGCGCCAGUGAAAUCGUUGGUGUGUGCUCGAAAAAGAAUGAAGACUUUGUCAAGUCGGUCGGUGCCAACCGCAUCAUCGACUACAACACGCAGACGAUCGAGGACGGCCACGCCGGGCAUUUUGAUUUCGUCUACGAUGCUGCCACCGGCAGCGGCGCCGGCGAGGACUACCUCGACAAGGCCAAAGCCGUUCUGAAAGACCCCUCCAAGCAUCACGUGACUCUGAACGGACCACCGACGCUGUGGAUUCGUCGAUUUUCAGGGUUUCCUCGAAAGGAUGUGUCGCUCAUCUUGACUGAGCAAAACGGCGCCGACCUGGCCAAAGUCGUGAGCCUGCUGGUCAAGACCAACCAGCGCCCUAUCAUCGACUCAGUCUUUCCGUUCACUGCCCAAGGCAUUGUGGACGCGUUUGAAAAACUGCAGUCGCGGCGCGCCAAGGGAAAAAUCGUGAUCGAUAUCACCAACACCACCACCGAUGGCGCCGAGCAAUGAGCGAUGUGGCUUGCCGACUUUUCGCUCCAUUGGUUAAAUAUUCAAUCUUUUCGUGCCACCCAUAGAUGCAUCAUACGUCCAAGCUGAACCUGUUGUGCGAGCAAAGCAUUUUAGUGCAGGCAUCUCGAUCGCGCUAGCGCGAUGGAGUUGUGCACAUUUUCCGCCUGCCAUUGCAGUGCCUGCCCCAAAGUUGCCUGCCGUGGGGGAUAUCAUUGCGUCAGUGAAGUGGAACAAGGUGCAAGUCGCACUCAUGCUUUGCAUGAACUUGAGCGAACAGCGCGAGGAUGUAGUGGCCGCGCAUGACCGCUCUGCACUUUAACCAUGGCAUGAUAUAACACGAAUUGGUCUUGGAGUCCAA